AUUCAACUUAACGUUCAGCGAUGGCGGCCUCUCUCUCUAGCCCCACCUCUCACUCACUCGCCGCUUCGCAGUCGCAAAUAUAUUUUUCUCAUUUGCUUCCAUUGUUGAAUCUUCCUCUAUUUUCAGGGAUCAGACCUCUCAUUUUACACUUAUUUUCCUUUUUGUUGCUCAUUUUAUGGCCUCUCCCCAUUCAACCCACUGCAUUACUCUGCAAAACCCCCGGAGAUUAUCUCCCUCCCUGUUCUGUCCCAGCCACCGCUUCGUUCUCGACACUGGUAAAGGAACUGUUCGAUUCCGUCCUCAAUCUAGGCUCCCCAGACCCUUGGCAUAUAACCAGGGGAGGAACAGCAAUUCGGUGAACUGCAAUGUGUUUAUUGAGGCAGAGUCGGGUGCUAGUAUCGAGGAAGAGACUUAUAAUUCCGUCGAGGAUAGGCAAUUUGUACGGUGGUUUCGCGAGGCCUGGCCAUACCUGUGGGCUCAUAGGAGCAGUACUUUUGUAGUCAUUAUUUCUGGUGAUAUUAUCUCUAGUCCUUCCUUGGAUCCCAUUUUGAAGGAUAUAGCAUUCCUUCAUCACCUGGGAAUCAGGUUUGUGCUUGUCCCGGGCACCCAUGUUCAAAUUGAUAAUCUUUUGGCCCAGAGAGGGCAUGAGCCUAAAUAUGUUGGUCAAUACAGAAUAACUGACUCUGAGGCACUAGCUGCAUCAAUGGAGGCAGCUGGGAAGAUUCAAAUGAUGAUAGAGGCAAAACUCUCUCCUGGGCCUUCCAUAUGUAAUAUCCGUCGACAUGGUGACAGUAGUCGUUUGCAUGACGUGGGUGUCAGUGUUGCUAGUGGUAACUUUCUUGCAGCCAAGAGAAGAGGAGUUGUGGAAGGUGUUGAUUUUGGAGCAACUGGUGAAGUAAAGAAAGUAGAUGUUAUUCGCAUGCGUGAAAGGCUUGAUGGAGGUUGUAUAGUUCUAUUGAGCAACCUGGGAUAUUCCAGCUCUGGAGAAGUUUUAAAUUGCAACAUGUAUGAAGUUGCUACAGCAUGUGCCCUGGCUAUUGGGGCAAAUAAGCUUAUUUGCAUAAUAGAUGGUCCGAUUCUUGAUGAUAGUGGGCACCUUAUUCGCUUCUUGGCUAUUGAAGAAGCAGACAUGUUGAUUCGUGAGCGAGCUAAGCAAAAUGAAAUAGCUGCUCACUAUGUGAAAGCUGUUGGCAAAGAAGAUUUCACUUCUUUUGAACACAAUGAUUCUGUUAAAGUUAUGUCUUCAUCACAUAAUGGUAAGCCUCUUAAUGGAAGGCAUAGUCUAACCUUCCAGAAUGGUGUUGGCUUUGACCAUGGGAAUGGGUUAUGGUCUGGGGAACAAGGCUUUGCCAUUGGAGGUCAUGAACGGCAAAGUCGAUCGAAUGGGUACCUUUCAGAAUUGGCUGCAGCAGCUUUUGUUUGUAAAGGAGGUGUUCAAAGAGUACAUCUUUUAGAUGGGACAAUUGGUGGGGUUCUAUUGUUGGAACUUUUUAAAAGAGAUGGGAUGGGGACAAUGGUGGCUAGUGAUGUUUAUGAAGGAACCCGGAUGGCUAGGGUGACAGAUCUCUCUGGAAUAAGACAAAUCAUACAACCUUUAGAAGAUUCUGGUGUAUUGGUGCGACGGACAGAUGAAGAGCUGCUUAAAACUUUGGAUUCAUUUGUUGUUGUGGAAAGAGAAGGUCAAAUCAUUGCUUGUGCUGCUCUUUUCCCUUUCUUUGAGGAGAAAUGCGGAGAGGUUGCUGCUAUUGCAGUGUCUCCUGAAUGCCGUGGACAAGGACAGGGAGACAAAUUGCUUGAUUUCAUUGAGAAGAAGGCCUCCUCCUUAAAUUUGGAAAUGAUCUUCCUGCUUACAACUCGUACAGCAGACUGGUUCAAGAGGCGUGGCUUCUCAGAAUGUUCAAUUGAUAUGAUCCCAGAGAAAAAGAGGAAGAAAAUCAAUCUAUCCCGUAAUUCUAAGUAUUAUAUGAAGAAGUUGCUACCCAAUACAAGUGGAAUAACUGUUAACAGGGCAUUUAGUUAAAGGUUUUGGCAUCCUACAAAGGAUCUGUGUUUAUUAGAAGAUGCAAUAUAUAUAUAUAUAUAUAUAUAUAUAUAUAUAUAUAUAUAUAUAUAUAUUUGGUCCCUUGGGAGUGCGAGAGGGGCUGAAUAAAGGGGGAAGUUUUUGUAGCCAUCUUGAAUGAGUUUGGCAACUAAUUUAUCUGGUUGAUUAGGAGGUUAAUCAAUUGUAAAUCAAAGGUCGCUGUAUCUCCAUCUGAAA